AUGUAUAAUAAAAACUUCAUGAGCAAACAAAGGUUACUACAGUACUGGUCAAUUUUUAUGUAAAAGAAAGUACUAUAGUUAUAUCUUGAUCUAACCUUAUACAGAAAGAAUAAUUAAUGGUGAGAGAAAGGGCUUAGAAACCACCACCAGAGCAUUCUAAUUCUAGAGACAAGUAUAGUACAUAAAUAGUCAUUAGCUGUAGAAGGAAGGAAGAGUAGAGUAAAAAUGGAUAAUUUGGAUGAUCAAGCCUCACUCUUGCAAAAUCCUCUUCUUCAACUUCCAAAUGAAGUGAGUGAGGUUUACACUGGUGAUGGGUCUGUUGAUGCAAAAGGAAAGCCAGCAGUGAAGCAAAAUAGUGGAAAUUGGAGAGCAUGUUGGUUCAUUAUAGGUGCUGAAUGUUGUGAAGGGCUGUCCUUCUUUGGUAUUUCUAGUAAUCUUGUUACUUAUUUUACUAAAGAAUUGCAUCAAGGAAAUGUGGCUGCUGCGAAAGCUGUUUCGGUUUGGCAAGGGACUACCUGCCUCACACCACUUAUUGGAGCCAUUGUUGCAGAUGCUUACUUGGGAAAAUAUUGGACCAUUCUUGCUUUCUCCACCAUCUACUUCAUAGGAUUAUGUUCCUUGACUUUCUCAGCAUCAAUUCCAGCCAAUGCUAUCCAAUUUGCUAUAUUUGAAUGUGGACUUUAUUUGGUUGCUUUAGGAACUGGUGGUAUCAAACCAUGUGUGUCACCAUUUGGUGGGGAUCAAUUUGAUGACACUGAUCCAAAAGAAAGAUCAAAGAAGAGAUCUUUGUUCAUUUGGUUUUACUUUACAAUAUGUAUUGGUAUUUUCAUAGCAAGUACUUUUCUUGCAUGGAUUCAAAAUAAUGUUGGUUGGGGACUAGGAUUUGGUAUUCCUGCACUUUUUAUGGGCAUUGCCAUUGCUUGUUUCCUUUUUGGAACACCCUAUUAUAGAACUCAAAAGCCAAAGGGAAGUCCAAUUACUAGAAUGUGCCAAGUUUUGGUUGCGUCGUGUCGAAAAUGGAAUCUUGAGGUGCCUAAAGAAAGCACAAAUCUUUUUGAUGAAACACAAGAAAGAAAUUCUUCCAUGGAAGGAGGCUGCAAUAAACUUAAACACACUAACACACUCAAGUUUCUUGAUAAGGCAGCUGUGUUUUCUGCUGCUGAUGAUGAGAUUAGUACUAGUGGAAACCCCUUCAAUCCAUGGAGACUUUGUUCUGUAAAUCAAGUUGAAGAAUUGAAGACUUUGAUCCAUUUAUUACCAAUUUUAGCUACUGGAAUAGCCUUCUCUAUUAAUGCUGCUCAAAUUUCCACAACAAUGUUGGAACAAGGCAUGGUGAUGAACUCAACUAUUGGCUCUUUAACCAUUCCUCCAGCUGCUCUUGCAACAUGUGGCAUAAUUGUUAUUCUCUUCAUUGUUCCAAUCUAUGACAGAGUAAUAGUCCCCUUUCUUAGGAGAUUUACAGGCAACGAAAAAGGCGUCACAGAGCUGCAACGAAUUGGGAUCGGCCUCUUCAUUUCGGCUCUAAGCAUGUCAGCGGCCGCAGUUGUAGAAAUGUAUAGACUUUAUGUUGCAAGAGAAGUUGGUUUAGUUCACCAAAAAGUGGUUGUACCAAUAAGUAUCUUAUGGCAAAUACCUCAAUAUGUUUUGGCGGGAACUUCACAGGUAUUCACUUCAAUUGGGCAAAUAGAGUUCUUUUAUGAAGAGUCACCAAGCACUAUGAGGAGUCUAUGCAGUGCAUUAUUGCUACUAACACUUUCAUUGGGAUACUAUUUGAACUCUUUUAUUAUUAGUUUGGUAACUUACUUUUCAACAAAGGGUGGGAAAGUUGGUUGGAUACCAGAGAAUUUGAAUGAAGGUCAUCUUGAUUAUUUCUUCUGGCUUUUGGCAGCUCUUAGCUUUUUGAAUUUGUUGGUUUAUAUAGUCUUUGCCAUGAAGUUCAAGCAUAAGAAGUCUAGUGCUUUUUAAGGUUUUUUUUUUUACUCCAUGCAUAUAUGGAGAUUGCACAAUAAGAUUACUGUCAUAUCCAUCACUAAAAUUGGUUGAUUGUUGUUACUAAUUUGUGCCUUGAUGAAUGAUAAUCUGACUUUUGUGACUC